AACAUGAAUCGAUUGCCGUUGCGUGUACGUGCACUAUCAGAAUGUUUUCGGAACAAAUCCUUAGACCCUGUGGCGGUUACGGAACAGUUUUUAACCCAGAUAGAAUCCCACAAACCUCUGAAUGCGUUCGUACGGGUAACUUCUGCAAAAGCGCUAAAGCAAGCGGAAUCGUCAAGAGAACGUUAUCAAAAAGAAAAACCAAAAAGUGUGCUCGAUGGUGCAACGAUAGCAGUGAAAGAUAAUUUCUGCACGAAAGACGUUCAUACAACGUGUGCAUCUCGCAUGCUGGAGAACUUCAUCCCAACUUACAAUGCAACUGUCGUGGAGCGAUUACAGGCAAAUGGAGCUGUCCUUCUGGGUAAAACUAAUCUCGAUCAGUUCGGAAUGGGUUCCGGAUGCAUUGAUUCUAUUUUUGGCCCAACACGCAACAGCUGGAGUGAAGAUUUGGAGGACAAUCGAUUUCGGAUUGCUGGCGGUAGCUCGGGAGGAUCUGCUGUAGCCGUUUCGGCCGGUUUAUGCUACGCAGCUUUGGGGUCAGAUACGGGCGGAUCGACCAGAAAUCCGGCAUCGUACUGUGGGAUUGUUGGUUUGAAACCAACCUACGGACUCGUAUCUCGCCAUGGGUUAAUCCCACUGGUGAACUCAAUGGAUGUGCCGGGUAUAAUGACACGAACGGUGGAUGAUUGUAUAUCCAUUCUGAAUGCUAUUGCUGGUCCCGAUAAUUUCGAUUCAACGACCGUUAAGAAACAAUACCAAAGCAUACCGGCGCUCGAAGACAAUAUUUCGCUAAAAGGAGUAAGAAUCGGUAUUCCGGUCGAGUAUCAUUGUGAAGGUCUAGACGCGGAAGUACUGGAAACAUGGACCAUUGUAGCGGAUAUGCUCGAAUCAGCUGGGGCUACGGUUAAAUCCGUUUCGUUGCCCAACACUUCCUCGUCAAUAUUCGUUUAUUCGAUUCUGAACCAGUGUGAGGUAGCCAGCAACAUGUCGCGCUACGACGGAAUAGAGUACGGUCAUCGAUCUCAAGAGGACACCAGUACUGAACAACUGUACGCCCGUACCAGAGCCGAAGGAUUUAACGGUGUUGUAAAGAAUCGUAUUCUAUCCGGCAACUAUUUCUUGCUCCGAGAGAACUACGAUAAAUAUUUCCAAAAAGCGCUAAAGGUACGGAGGCUCAUUAGUGACGAUUUUGUGCGCACCUUUAAGGAUGUGGACGUACUGCUUACACCCACCACAUUGAGUGACGCUCCGUUCUACAAAGAUUUUGUUCAAAGCAACAAUCGAGAUCAAUGUGCUGUUCAAGACUUUUGCACACAAUCCGCAAAUAUGGCCGGUAUCCCAGCACUCUCGAUUCCCGUACGAUUGUCGUCCCGCCGUUUGCCGAUUAGUUUGCAGCUAAUGGGAGAUAAUUUUUCGGAACAAAAGCUUUUCACAGUUGCUGGCUGGAUUGAGAAGGAGGUGGAUUUCAUCGCAAACUACAACUAGAGGUAAAAUAAAUUAAUAGUUAACAUUGAUUAUGAUUA